CACCAAAUAGUUGAUGACUCAAAUAUUGGCAGCCUUGUUGACGUCGUUUAGUAGAAGUGUCAUUUUUGUCUGCUCUCGUUUUCAUCUUUUGUGUAUAAAAUUGGUGCUAAGGUAGAUAAACUAUAUUCGAAUAGGCGUUUUUAUGUCGCAAGAAAGUGUUUUGUAUAUUUGUGAUACGUGAUCUCGUAGAGGGAGUCCAGAAAUUCAUAAUUUAUAGUUAAGUAAAAAAUGGCGGCAAACAGAACUGGACCUGCUCAGAGACCAAAUGGCGCUACCCAAGGAAAGAUAUGUCAGUUCAAACUGGUCCUACUAGGCGAAAGUGCCGUCGGUAAGUCGAGUUUGGUACUGAGGUUCGUCAAAGGACAGUUCCACGAAUACCAGGAGAGUACCAUAGGAGCAGCUUUCCUUACACAAACCAUAUGCCUCGACGAUACAACUGUUAAAUUUGAAAUUUGGGACACAGCGGGUCAAGAAAGGUACCACAGUUUAGCUCCUAUGUACUAUAGGGGCGCACAGGCAGCUAUAGUCGUCUACGACAUAACCAAUCAAGACACAUUCGGCAGGGCGAAAACGUGGGUGAAGGAACUUCAAAGGCAGGCCAGUCCGACGAUCGUGAUAGCUUUGGCCGGCAACAAGCAAGAUUUGGCCAACAAACGUAUGGUAGAAUACGAAGAGGCGCAGACGUAUGCUGACGAAAACGGCUUACUUUUUAUGGAAACUUCCGCAAAGACGGCAAUGAACGUCAACGAUAUAUUUUUAGCAAUAGCUAAGAAACUGCCCAAGAAUGAACAAACCACAGGUCAAGGCGGCAGUGCCCAAGGCAGGCGGCUAGCGGAGGGCGAUUCGGGCGCCAAGGCACCCGGAAAUUGUUGCAAGUGAUGGUAUACGCCUGCAGGUCGAGUGUUGUUAUUAAACCGUCACGAGAAAGGACUGGCAAGUGCAGCGGCACUCUAGUGAUAUCUAUGUGUAAUAAAGGUCCUUCUAUUAACAAAAAAAAAUUAAUAAAAAAAUAUAUUAAACUUCAUAUACACUGUCACAUAUUCCAUUUAGAUGAUGAAAAACAAAAGAGCAGAAGCAUUUUGGUCUCUAACGGUCAUGUUGAGUUGGAAUGUCUCGUGGGGCAUUUAAAUUUGUGAUAAUUGUACCUAUAUUUUGUUUUUUUUAUAUAUAUAAUUAAUAUAUCUGACAGUGUAAGUUAAGCGUAAACUGUUUAUAUCGAUCGUAUUAGCAGCACCAAUUAAAAAAUAAAUAAAAUUGAAGAUCUUUUUUAUUGUUUUUGUAAUUUUAACUCUUUGGGGAAGGUUACAAAAGAAUUGAUAACGUUGUGUUGAAAACAUUGCAUUAUAAUAAAGUAAUUCCACCCACUUACGAAUUAUUUUGAAAGGAGAAUCUAAAAUGUGUCAAUUGUCACCUGUCAUCUUAUGAUGACACUCUAUGAGAGUGGGGGCAAUUGCAGCGCGCGCAUACUAUUCAGUCUAGCUUCAUUAUGUCAAUUAAAUGUCGAUGUUUAAAAUUUCAUCGAUUAGUUUGACAGUUCCCAAAUGAAAAAACAGUUACUUCCGCAUAAAAAUGUAUUGCUUCAAAACUUACUUUCAGUGGCAUUUCAGUGGGUUUUAGCCAUCUUAUGGAGAGUGGUCUAACACACUUUCUAGGUACAGCUGUGGUUUUUAAAAGGAAAUAUAAUGAAUCGCUUUUGUUUUCGAAAUUUACAUUGGGAAUCCCUUAGUGUCCUUAUAUUUGCCCUACAGAGUUUCAUUUAAACUGAAAUUGGGUAAUUUACAUAGACCUAAAGCUUUCACGUCUAUAUAGCCUAAUUAGACCACAAAAUUGACUUGCUUUACGUGAAAUGUAUGUACCAUUCAAACAUAUUUAUAUGACAACAAUAUAAUAUAAUACAAUAUAAUAUAAAUAACUGACAACAUUUAGAAUUAGAAUUUUUACCCACAAUUUUUCUCUGCCAUGUGUCAUCUAGUACAAGAAGUAUGGCAAUUUAGCCCUACUCCUCUUAUUGUACAUUUCUUGUAAUUCCUCAUUUUCUUUUUCAAUUACUUCGAUCUUUUAAACUUAAUUCACCAAGUUUAUUUGCAAUAUUCUUCUUGAAGUCUAUAGUUUGAAUUCCUUCAAUAUAUUUGUAAUGUUAUUCUUCAGUGUCAAUCCUUGCAUUCCAUGAAAGAACACGAAAAAGAUGCAGCACGUUAUUUGUCCAUAUUCCUGCUACAUACUUAUUUUUCGAUUAACACAUUCACUGCCAGCGUAUUCGCGGUGUGCAAGUACUUGGAAAGGGAAACGAGAAACGACCCUGCGCGAGUCGCGGAGAAAUAUUGCAAUUAUCUUAAAUAAUUCAUAUUGUCAAUUGAAAUUGUCAAAUUGACGUAUAUUUCAUACCUUCUGUCAAUGAAGCAGAAAAAUUAUAUAUUGCUCCACAAUAUUGAUAUGAUAUGCAAUUAUUAUAUAAAGGUAAAUUUAAUUAAUUGUAUUUUGCUUGCAUUACUGCAUUUAAUAACUAAUUUUAUUUACUACAUACAAUUGUUGAUGUUUUCAUAACAUAACCUGAAUCUUAUUUUUUCUUCUUAUUAUUUUUUUGGACUAUGGCCUUGACAAUUAUCCAGUAACCAGGACUAAUAUAAUUGGCCAAUAUAAUUAAAAGUGCGAAUAAUAGUACAGAGCGUAGAAAUAGGGGUCGCUUUGCCGAACUUGCACGGUCCCAAUAGUAAACUGGCACUUUACUAUACGCUAAACAAAAAUUUGGCCUUGCAUAUUUUCCUAAAACACGUAGCAGCUACGCCACUGAAUGGACUUAGGACCCCCUAUCGUUUCGCUGGUUGCAAUAGUCCGGUAACUAGAGACAAAAGUGGGUCAUUUUGCACACUUCAUAUAAUUCUCGUUUUCUGUACUUCACGAGUAUUUUUUUUGUCGGAUAUGUAUUGAAUAGUAUCGGUGACAACACACUGCCCUGCGUGACACCCCUUUCAAAACCUAUGUGGGAACAAUAUGUAUCUUUGGAGAACUUUUUGUACCCUUCCCCUAAAAACUAAAUAUUUUUUUCACUUAGUGCAAUUUUAAUAUUAGUCUCACCUUAUUUCUAGAAUACGGUCGGUCUAAAUGUAUAAUCUCAACUUUCAGCUUAUACUUCGAAAACCGAGAAGUAUAAACUGUAAGAAUAUUUAACGUUAUAUGUAUUUUAUUAGGAUAAUGAUUGUUGAAAGUAUGUUUCCCAACACGUGUAAGUUACAUUUCGUACUCUUUCCAUUUUUAUUACAAACAAAAAUGUUUAUUUAGAUAAACUGUUGCGGAACAUACUUUCUCGAUGCAUGACUGAAAAGAACGUUAACAUUUAUACGUAUUUGUUUUUAUUUUGUGUCUGAUGUGACAACCCAGAUCUUAGCGAAAGCGUAGAGGACAAAAGAUGAGUUUUUAAGUUUCCCAUUGAACUUUUUCCGUCCUUAAAUCAAAUACAACAACUAUUCACUUAAGUUUUCUAAACAUUUUUGCUAAUAUGGGCCCCUGCACCAUUCCCGACUUAACAGUCUUCAUUUGUUUUUAUUAGGUUUGUUCGUAGUACGAUCCAAACGAUCGGCAACCGUUGCCAACCAUUAGACGCAUGCGCAGUUAACAGUGAGUGAUCGUAGACUACGAACACGAAUGCGUCUAAUGGUUGGCAACGGUUGCUGAUCGUUCUACGAACAAACCUAUUAUAAACCGCCUCUUUUGUAGGUAAAGUAAACCUUAUAAUCAUUUUCCGAGUCUACAAUUUCUGUAGGACAUCAAGCAUUGUAAAGUUUAAUGAAAUAUUUUUAAUGGGAAAUAAGCCACAAUUUUACCAAAAAAAUGAAUUUAUUAACGUUUCGACGUUAUUUUUUAAAAUAUGUUUAAAUUCAUUUUUUUGGUAAAAUUGUGGCUUAUUUCCCAUUAAAAAUAUUUCAUUAUAAAAAUGCCACAAGGAAAUAGCUUCAGAACAACAUUGUAAAGUUUGUUUAGCAGUAAAUGGUUGACUUCAAUUAGUGCGGUCGUAAAUAUUAUUAAAUUUAUCUGACUUGGCCAAUUGUUAAGACAAGUCCGGAGCGAUAAGCAAACGAGGUAGACAAAGUUGGUCUUUUGACAAUUAACACUGACUACUGACUAGACGGUACUCCUAUAAUAAAGCAAAGGAUCCACAAAAUUUACAAUAAUUAUGACGACAAAAACAAAAAACGGAUGUAAAAUAUAUUGCUUUGCCUUAUAUACUCGAAAUUAAUGUUUCAAAUGAAUUUUAAAAUAAAUCAAUUUGAAUUGCUAAGAUUAUAGAAAAAUAAACAUAUAAACAUAUUUAAAUUUUACCUGAAACCGGGCCUUUUAUACUAUUAUCGGUUAACCCAGGAUGUUUAUAGUCGGUACCAUAUUUGAAGUCAACCAUUUACUGCUAAACAAACUUUACACAUUGUAUAUUUGGCUUACUAUAUCAUUAAAUCAAAGAAUGGCAUCGUGUAUUAUUUAAAGUCUGUUCUUAGAUCCUAACCGACUUUGGUGCAGAUGAGUAGAUUCAAGAAACAGUAAUCGUCCACAAUGGUAGACAUGUAGAUUAUGUAGUGACUCUUUGUUUAUCUGUAGACUAAUAUCGUCUGAAUAUUGUGAAGACCAGGAGUGAAUUGUUUUCUUCGACAUUGGCUUUACAUAAUGAGGCAUUCACUCAUUACACAUAACACACAAAACUCGAGUUCGAAAAGGCAUAACAAAUUGAGAAGGAAGAAUUAUCAUCAUCAUGGUGCUACAGCCCUUAAAGGGCUGGACAUUCUCAAGCUUUUUGCGCAACUUUGCUGUGUACCUUGCUUGGAUUUUCCAAUUGGCAACACCGAUCUCAGCAUCCUGUGUUACCCCCACCUUAGCUUUGGUCUAUCCCAUCUUCUCAUUCUCACCCGUUGCGCUGUAAGAAUCUUUUAGGUCAGUCUUCCUCAUGUAUGGCUCUAUCUCGUUAUUGCUCUGAUUCUUUAGCUUCUCUAUAAUUUGUUGAACUACAAAUAUAUUAUCUUCUAUUUCCUCAUAUUGGUUUUCGAUUCGUUAUUUAUCAAUCGACCAUACGACCUCUCCAUUAACAUUUAUUUUUGUCGCCUUCUUUUGUGAAUAGAGCUCAUACACGCCAGGCUCGAAUCUUCUGGAAUAUAAGAUCUCCAAUAAUUCUAUAAGUCACAGAGAAAAUUCUCUAUAAGUCGGUAGGACCAAGGAUACUGCACUCCAACUUAUAGAGAAUUUGCUCUGUGUCUAGAUAGAUGUCGCUAACGCCUCCGUACGCAUUUAAUAUUUUACUUAUAUGCAUACUUCGACAGCUUGGAUUCAGUUCGCUUCGGGAUACACCACAAAAGACGCUGAAAAGCAGAAACAUUGGUCAGCCGAUGGUGAUGGCCCUAAAUCGAAUUUAAUCUAUGUCUUUCCUUAAUUCUAUUAGUAUUGACGGUCCGAGUUUUAUUAAUUCAUUGGGAAUGUUUCCAGGUCCUGUGGCUUUCCGUUUUUCAUUUCCUUUGAAGGUGAAGGUUGAUAAUGGACUUAGACAGCAUGAGCUGCCGACCCUCACACUGUAAUAAAACUCGGAGAAAUGCCCACUGUUUCCCGACGAAUAUAGGACUCGGCUCUGCAAAAAACUCCACUCGAGUCUCCUCGGAACACAUAUUCGCGUAACCAAUGUGGUUGUAUGGCAUACAAUGGGUGUGUGUUAUGCAGCAGAGUCUCUAUCUAUCUAUCAGCCUUGCGACAUCCAAUAUUGGACAUAGGUCUUCCCUUCGCUCCUCCAUCUUUCUCUAUCCUGAGCCAUGUGCAUCCAUUUUCAGCCAGCUUGGUGUUUCAGGUUAUCUACCCAUCUCAUAUGUGGUCUCCCUCUCUUUCGUUUGUAUGUCCAUGGUCUCCACUCUGUAAUAAUUUUAUUCCAUCUUUCGUCUUUUUGUCUAAUAGUAUGGCCGGCGAAUUUCCAUUUUAGAUUAGCUGUUUGACGAGUAGCAUCCUUAACUUUUGUGACAUUUCUUACCCAGGAAUUCCUUUUUCUAUCUGCCAGUCUUAUGCAGCAGAGUAGAUAAGGUAAAAGGCUGGUUUCUGGUUCUUAAAUCAGUUCGGCUAGGGGAAACCCCCGAAUAAAAAUUCUGAUAUUUCAAGUGUGAGGGUUGGAUAACGCUUUAAAUAUGCUAAACAUUUUGAUAAUUUGCCCAGGAAUAUUUGCACUACUUUAGUAAUUUUACAUAUAUACCAAUUCCACUAGAAUGUUUUACUUCAUUACAAGUUUUUUGUCAUGCAAAUACACUCUGGGCCAAAAUUUACCGACCACCUUAAAGAAUGGUCAUUUUUGAUGUCUUAUAUCUCCUAAACCUGUUAUCCGAUUUAAGUGAUUUUUUUAAUAUGUUGUACCCUUAUUCUUUGACAGUAUCGCUGUAAUAAUAUUGUUGCUAAAUAGGUAAAUUUGCAUUGUAUAACGGUUGUACGAAUCAAACUGUGUUUUUUUCCUAAAGUUUGCAUCACCCUGUGGAAUAUUCUAGCAUUUGUAGAAUAAUGAAAUUAAAACAUAACUAUAGCCUCAUACUUUCUCAACGUUUUGUUUUUUGAUUGAUUCGCUUAUGUUGGAUAAUAAAAAAGUUAGGUGCUUUAACAACUAGACAAGUUUUUUAUCAAUACAAUCAAGUUUGUCAGAAAAAUUUCAACACCCUCUAUCUCGAAAACGAAGCAUUGCGGACAUAAGUUUAUAAAGCAAACUGUCAUUAUUUUUUCAAGCAGAAUUACCCCUUAAACUUUGCCAAAAUUUUUUAAAAACACCCUGUAUUGAUAAAAAACAUGUCUCGUUGUUAAAGCACCUAACUUUUUAUUAUCCAACAUAAGCGAAUCAAUAAAAAAACAAAAUUUUGAGAAAGCAUGAGGCUAUAGUUAGGUUUUAAUUUCAGUAUACUACAAAUGCUAGAAUAUUCCACAGGGUGAUGCAAAUUUUAAAAAAAUUUGACAAAUUUUAAGGAGUAAUUCUGCAUGCAAAAAUAAUGACAGUUUGCUUUAUAAACUUAUGUCCGCAAAUGCUUCGUUUCCGAGAUAGGGGCUGUUAAUAUUUUUCUGACAAACUGACGAUUUAUUUAUUGCUUUAAAACCGGUUGAGAAUAGCAAAUGUAAUUUGAUGAGUUUUAUGACGUAGUUAUUGCACAUUUUGUGGCAUACAAUUAAGCAUUUAAUAUUCACCAUUGGCGCGCAUACGGGUAAUAUGAUGGCUUAUAUUACCCGUAUGCGCACCAAUGGUGAAUAUUAAAUUCUUAAUUCUAUGUCAAAAAAUAUGCAAUAAGUACAUCAUAAAACCCACCAAAUUGCAUUUGCAUAUCUCAACCGGUUUUUGAAGCAAAAAAUAAAUCGUCAGUUUGUCAGAAAAAUUUCAACACCCUCUAUCUCGAAAACGAAGCAUUGCGGACAUAAGUUUAUAAAGCAAACUGUCAUUAUUUUUUCAAGCCGAAUUACCCCUUAAACUUUGCCAAAAUUUUUUAAAAACACCCUGUAUUGAUAAAAAACAUGUCUCGUUGUUAAAGCACCUAACUUUUUAUUAUUCAACAUAAGCGAAUCAAUAAAAAAACAAAAUGUUGAGAAAGCAUGAGGCUAUAGUUAGGUUUUAAUUUCAGUAUACUACAAAUGCUAGAAUAUUCCACAGGGUGAUGCAAACUUUAAGAAAAUAACACAGUUUGAUUCGUGCACCCGGUAUACAAUGAAAAUUUACCUGUUUAGCAACAAUAUUAUUAUAACGAUAUUGUCAAGGAAUAAGGCUAUAACAUUAUUAAAAAAAUCACUUAAAUCAGACAACAGGUUUAGGAGAUAUAAGACAUCAAAAAUGACCCAUUUUUAAGGUGGCCGGUUAAUUUUGGCCCAGAGUGUAUUUCUGGUGUCAUUAUGUCAGUUAGUGUCCUUUAGAUUACGAAACAGAGACUGUAAAUGUACUGUUACGAAUAAAUAAUUUGUUUAUAUUGCAGAGUGCCAGAGCUAACAUAACCGCAAGCCCGAUUGAAUAUUAUAGUCCUCUGUCCUUUUAUAUGUAGUUGAAACCUGGACAAUUACGGACACAACUGAAAAAAGACUUGCAAGCUUUGAUGUAUGGUGUUAUCGUAGAAUGUGGAAAAUAUCUUGGACACAACACGGAAACAUGAAAAGAGAAAUACGCAACACUAUGAAGGAAAAAAAAUGAACUACUUUGCUCACAUACUAAGAAAUGAAAAAUAUGAGUUGGACGUGACUCAUUAUACAAGGGAAGGUAGAAGGAAGAAUUGAACCGGGAGACGACGCACGUCUUGGUUGAAAAAUUUAAGGCAGUGGCGUGGAAAAAUAACAAUGGAACUCUUCAGUGCCGCUGCAGACAAAGUAAAAUGGACCGUGAUGACCGCAUCCAUAGGUCGCUGACUCAUAUCCGGCUCGAAGGACCAGAAUGUUAACGCAUGGGGUUUAAAUUUAAUUCGUGGACUGUAAUUUUAGGUCUGCUAAUGUAUUCUCAUGCACUAACAUACAAAAUUGAUAUAGAUAGAGAUAAAAUGACCGUUAACACACAACUGAUAUAAAUGUAUUAAAGUGUAUUAAUGCAUUAACAAAUUUAAGGCAUUUAUUGUUACUAAAUCUUAUGUUAACUUAUAUCUUACAUAACUACAUACUUAAAAAAGAAGAAUCUGCUUUACAACGAUAAAAUUGAUAAACUACAAAACGUUUUACAGCGUUUUCAAAAUAUGCGUUCUUUUUCACUUUCUCUGCCGGCCAUAAUAACCUCGGACAUGGCUCACUUAUUCCUGAGCUAUGAACCAAAAUACAUCCAGUCUGAUCCUUAUACCUGCGUAUUACGACUCUACGAUAGUAUGAGAAAACAACUGCAAACAUGAAAAUCCCUAGAUAGGGACUUUUUUGCACACCAUGGCCACGUUUUCAGCAUUUGGAACCACUGUGGGACGGUGCGAUGUUACUUGCUCGCCAUUUUUCGAAUGUCUCGCUUGGUACUCGUACUUCUAGCGCUUAUGCGCAGCAACGGUUAUUUCGUACCCUGCGUAGAAGUACCAGCUGUGUGUUUUUGAAGUUUUUAAUUUUAAAUAUUUAUCGGCAAAGUGUUGCGCUAAUAGCCCAAUGCUCUUAAAGGAUGAGAUACACGAAGAAGUCUAUGUUCAUCGUACUGGAGUCAUCGUUUGAUCAGUACUGGUUUAUACAUUAAGGUCAUAGGUACUUUAUGCCUUAAAUAGUUCAUGUAUCAAGGUCAAUAAUUUUUUUUGUUUUUUUCGGCGGCUGUAUAGGCUUUUAGCAACAGUUUACUUCUUGUUUUCUAUUGAGGUGCGCAGAUUUCGCUUCUAUGGCCUCUACGCUUUCGAAUUUUGCAAAUAGACGAUAUGUCAUGUGUCAAAACAGCUACUCGAUGACAUUUCGAACUAAACAAAGUCGUUCCGAAUGUCGUCGAGGUGUGAUCGUCAUAUUUUCAAUUUUACAUUGGUAUAUUAAAUUCAGUAGAGGUACAGUGUAGAGGGGUGGUUGUACAGAAGCAAAUUAAACGAGAUAUAAACUAAUUGUAUCUCCUACGGUAAUUGCAUUGUAUACUGUUAAUUUUAUAAAUGUUGUUUCUAGUUUAAAACCAUCUGUAACUUACUGGAUCAGUGUAAUAUCGAGGUAAACAUUGUUAAUAAAGCAAUAAACACGUAAUUUUGUAGAUUGUAAAUUGUGAAGAAGUUUCUGAAACUGUAAUUCAUACAUAUUUGUUGGUAAGAUCAGGGUAGAAUUUGUCAAUUUUAAUAAAUUUAUUAGUGUAUUCUUUCUAAAAUAAAGAAAAUAUCAUAUUUUAUUCAAAUUUGCGGCACCAUGGCUCUUGUAGACGAUAAUAUCAGUACCACGAUGAUGUUUAACAUCAUCAAGAACUUAAUAGAAUAUUGGCGCCAAAUUACCGUCCUAAAUGUUGAUGCCAUGGUCAUUGGUCGUUUUCUCUUGUCACUAUGACUGGGUUUUUUGUACGCUAAAUGGCGCCAAAUGACUUUAUAAUGUCAGUUAACAAAAAAUAUAAUGUGUUAUAAAUGAGAUAUUAUGGACAUACGUACACAUAAUGUUGGUACGCCGAUGAAGGUGUGUAAUAGACGAUGUUACAGUAAGAUUUACUAUACUAAUGGUAGAUUAAAUAGAUAAAAGGCGCCAAACUCUCUGUCGUGAAUGUUGAUGGCAAUGGUAGCGUCAUUACAUAGUUUUUCUUACGUCACAACAAUGUAAUACCCAGAUAGAUGUGGUUACUGUCGUCAAUGUUCUGUUAAUAAAAGCAAACACAAUGGAAAUGUCUUGUAAUCGCUCGUGUUACUGUAAAAUGCUUUUUAUAAGACGCUUUAUAUAAGAAGUCAUUCUCCCUGUCAUUCUGCAGUAGUAGAAUGCCAGUGGUGGUACCACGACAAUCAUUUUGUCGUCCCAACAUAUUUUCACUAUCAAACUAUAUCAAAUUAACAGUUAACACAUCCGCUGCCAUAGGUUUUGAAAAAAUCAACAGAAUACUGUCUCCGAUCGGGCCGUGCGCAACUAGUAAAGCAUCACACUGGCUCCGGUCGGAGUCAUGCGCACGGAAUGUGUUAUUAAUGGAAUCUAAAAAGUUUUUUUGGUUUUAAAUUGGUAACAACUCGUUAUAGAUUAAUUCUUGUAGUGUGAUAGAAUAUUUGUCUAUUGCCCAUGUUUUUUAAACUAAGGGAUAAUUCUCGUGAGGAUGUCCGUUUAUCUUUGUAUUAUAAUUGAAUAUAAUAUUAAUUUUAUUAUUUGCUUGCUUAUCAUCUAUGGUUAUAAUUAUUCUGUUUGCACAGAAUCAGAUUGUACAGGAAAAGUAAAACAUACUCAAUAAAGUUAUGACAUAUAAUUUAA